AUGAACUCAGAGAGUGAUUCGUGCAUGACGUCAUGUCUAAAUCUGAUGCGUCGUAUGCCUCCCCGUGAGGUAGAAAUGGAUCUAUACAAUCUCACGCGUUGUAUGCCAUCACUUGCUGAUGAUUUAUACCAACGUGUGGAUCAACCACUUCAAGUAGCCGUCGACCCUGUAAAUGGUCGAAAAUAUCUGCUCUGUGACUAUAAUCGGGACGGUGAUUCGUAUCGUUCCCCAUGGAGUAAUCAAUAUGAUCCACCAUCUGUUGAGGGCGAAGGGUUUUAUCCAUCUGAGACAUUACGGCACCUUGAAAUACAAGCGAAUGAAAUUUUCGAGUCGUAUCGGGAAUUGUAUUAUCAAGGGGGGAUUUCAUCCGUCUACAUGUGGGACUUGGAACCUGGUUUUGCGGCUUGUUUUCUUGUGAAAAAAGACGUUCUUGAUCAACGUUUUGUCGAGAAAGGAUCGUGGAAUUCAAUUCAUGUGAUUGAAGUACAGGAAAGCAGUGAUGUACUGGAGAAAGGGCUGAAGAAAGCCAAUUAUCGUCUGACGACGUCAGUGUUGCUGUUUAUGAAGGUGAAUCGACCGGAACUUGGCCAUUUAUCACUGGAUGGAACACUUACGAGACAAGCGGAACGGACGAUGAAAUUUGAAGAUCAAUUUGCUCAUGUGUCCAAUAUGGGACGCAUGGUCGAAGAUAUGGAGAUUGACAUGCGGUCAAGCUUGGAUGGUCUUUAUAUCUCCAAGACGAGAGAAGUGAUCAACGGAAUGCGAAAAUUGCAACAAGGACCAAAUUUGGCAAAUCCGUUUGUAGGAGAAUUGGCUGGAGCGGUACGCAAGUACGGACAGAAACAGCAGGAGUGA